CACCAUUUCCAAAUCUUCAUUGUUUAUUAUGAAACAAAAAAGUGAACAAGCAAGACUUACAGAAUUACUCCUCCUCCUCUCUCUAUCUCUCAAACCCAUGACGGAAAUCACCAACCUGAGCUCCGAUGUGACGGAGCUGAUCCUCUCCUACCUCCCCAUCCCGACCCUCGUCCGAGCCUCCACCGUCUGCAAGCUCUGGCAAUCCAUCAUCUCCUCCACCACCUUCUCCGCCACGCAAACCCAAACCCAAACCCAAUCCCACCCCUGGUUCUUCCUCUACGGCAUCCACAACACCUCCUCCAAGAACAACCAGUCCUUCACCUUCGACCCUCUCUCCAACCGCUGGCUCCGCCUCCCAACCCCCACCUUCCCUCCCCACCACUACUCCCUCUCCUGCUUCCUCGGCGCCGACGGUUUCUUCCUCAUCACCGCCCCUAACUUCACCUACUCCAGAAUCCUCAAGCGCUCUUGGCGCUCCACCUCGCCUCUCCACUUCUCCCGCAUCAACCCUCUUCUAGGCGUUUUCGACUCCGGCUCUCUCCUCCCCAACUUCAUCGUCAUCGGUGGUGUCAGAUUCAUCGGCAACUUGGUCGACAUCGAGGACCGCUUGGCCGUCGAGAUCUACAGCCCCGACUCCGAUUCCUGGCAGCUCCGUCCUCCUCUCCCUGCUGAUUUCAGAUCCGGCAAUUCCUCCCAGUCCUUGUCAUCCGCCCUCUUCAAAGGGAGGUUCUCCGAUGAAGAUCGAACAGGGGAGACCACUGAUGGAGAGGGAGAGACUGAGUGA